AUGACUAUUCUUGCCUUGAAAGAAGACCGGCCUACGCCCAAGGCCGUCUACAACUGGAGAGUCUAUGUCUGUGCUGCCACGGCAUCCUUUGCAGCAUGCAUGAUAGGAUACGACUCUGCCUUCAUCGGCACUACUCUCGCUCUCCCCUCCUUUGAGGCCGAGUUCAACUUUGCGCAAUACACCACGUCACACCUUACCCUGAUCCAGCAAAACAUUGUAUCCGUCUAUCAAGCCGGAGCCUUCUUUGGCAGCUUGGCGGCCUAUGUCUCCAGUUACUUCCUCGGACGUAGGAAGUCCCUCAUCGCGUUUGCUGCCUGCUUCAUGGUUGGGGCUGGCAUAAUGCUUGGCGCCGAUGGCAGUCGUGGCCUCGGCCUGAUUAUCGGCGGUCGAGUUCUCGCUGGCUUCGGGGUCGGCGGAUGCUCCAACAUGACUCCCAUCUACAUCUCCGAGCUUGCUCCGCCGGCUGUGCGUGGACGCCUUGUCGGUCUGUACGAGCUCGGGUGGCAGAUUGGCGGACUGGUCGGAUUCUGGAUCACAUACGGCGUGAACACGACAAUGGCACCCAGCAGGACGCAGUGGCUCAUCCCUUUCGCCGUCCAGCUGAUUCCCGGAGGGAUGCUGCUGAUCGGUGCCGUCUUCAUACCAGAGUCACCGCGCUGGCUUUUCUUGAAGGGCAAGCGAGAAGAGGCUUUGAAGGUCCUCUGCUGGAUGAGACAACUUGAUCGGGGCGACAAGUACAUCGUGGAGGAGGUGAGCUUCAUUGAUGAGGAUCUGGAGCGGUACCGCCGAGAAGUCGGGGCUGGUUUCUGGAAGCCGUUCCUGUCUCUGAAGGAGCGUAGGGUCCAGUGGAGGUUCUUGCUCGGAGCUCUUCUCUUUGUUUUCCAAAAUGGCUCCGGCAUCAACGCAAUCAACUACUACAGCCCAACCGUCUUCCGCAGCAUCGGCGUCCAAGGAACAAACACAAGCUUCCUCACAACAGGCAUCUUUGGCGUGGUCAAAACAGCCUUGACCAUUGUCUGGCUGCUCGUGCUCAUCGAUCACAUGGGUCGCCGCAAGCUUCUGAUGAUUGGUGCCGUUGGAGGCUCCCUCUGCAUGUGGUUCAUCGGAGCAUACAUCAAGAUCUCCGAUCCCGCCUCCAACCAGAGCAACACCAAGCUGUCAUCUGGCGGCAUCGCAGCCAUCUUCUUCUUCUACCUGUGGACGGCAUUCUACACGCCGUCAUGGAACGGAACGCCCUGGGUCAUCAAUUCGGAGAUGUUUGACCAGAACACACGGUCGCUCGGUCAAGCCAAUGCGGCGGCGAACAACUGGCUUUGGAACUUUAUCGUUGCGCGAUUCACGCAGCAGAUGUUUGAGGCGUGGGGGUAUGGCGUGUAUUUCUUUUUCGCGUCGCUGAUGAUACUUUCUGUCUUCUUCGUCUUUUUCUGCAUUCCUGAGACAAAGGCGUUGCCUCUUGAGGCGAUGGAUAGGCUCUUCAAGAUCAAGCCGACGUGGAAGGCCAACAAGAUCUUGCUGGAGGAGCUUCGGGCUGAGAAUGAAGAGUUUGGACAGAAUACGCAAGGGAUUGGGUGGGAUACUGAGAAGGAGACCUCGGCUGAGCAGGUAGAAUGCGGAACGGCAAAAGCGUAG